UGGGUGAGGACUGCAAGCUUUUACUCUGGGACUUUUCUGUUGGUAUGCUCGGCCGAACGAGAGCAGUAAGUUUCAUCUCUGGCCCUUCCUGAUGAAUGGCCUACUGAUCAAAGGUGUACAGAUGUCUAUCAAACACCGAGGUAGUAUGACAUCUAAUGCGAUCAUCCGCAAGGAGACCAAUUCUACUGUCGGCCGCAUCAGAUCACACUCGACAAUUUCUGAAGAUGGCGAUGGUGAUGUUGCAGUGAACGGCGCAGACGUACUUCACGGCUUCAGAUCCAAGGCCAGCACAGCCAUGUUACCACCCGUCAUGGUUAGUUUGGAUCGUUUUGCGUAGCUGGAAGCUCGCGUGCUGAUCAUUCGCAGUCAAAAAAGAUAGACAACCACCCGUUGAGCUGGCUCGAGUUUCAGGAAGACUGUAUCAUGACAGCGUGCAAAGAUGGUAAGUGUUUCGUGAGGCCGUGUUGGGAAACAAAGAUCCAGAAGAGAUCUGUCGGUGAAUUGCGCGUCUUCUACGCAUCGCGCGGUGCCGAUCGGGCCUUUUGAUUCCGCAAGAAUUCACGUUGGGCUGACACGCUUCACACAGGUCACAUCCAUACUUGGGAUAGGCCCAAG